AUGGCUUCCGCUUCAUCCUCCGGGCCUACUGCAGACGGCAAGAGGCAUGGCAGACCCGUGGAAGUGCAAGGCGUCCCGGAAAGGACAGAGUUUGCGUUUGAUUCGAUGGAAGAAGCGCUCGCGGCCUUUCGUCGGGGCGAAUUCCUCGUCGUGAUGGACGACGAAAACAGGGAGAACGAGGGUGAUCUGAUCAUUGCCGCAAGCGAAUGCACCACGCAGAAGAUGGCAUGGAUGAUCAAGCAUACGAGUGGGUACAUUUGUAUAGCUAUGCCUGGCAAGCGCCUGGAAGAGCUCGACAUCCCGAUGAUGGUCCCGCAGAAUGAAGAACGCCAUCGGACGGCGUAUACAGUCACGGUCGACUACAAGUACGGCACCACAACAGGGAUUUCCGCGCACGACCGUGCCUUGACCGCGCGGGCGCUCGCCUCACCGCAAUCUGCGCCCACCGACUUCACUCGGCCCGGCCACCUCGUCCCGUUACGCGCGCGGGAGGGUGGCGUGCUGACCCGGAAAGGACAUACGGAAGCGAGCGUGGACUUGUGCAGGUUGACGGGCCUCCCGGAGGCGGGAUUGCUCUGCGAGCUGGUGAAUGACAACGACGAGGGAAGUAUGGCCCGGCGAGACGACUGCAGGCGCUUCGCGGACCGAUGGGGGCUGAAGAUGAUCAGCGUGGAGAUGUUGGCGGAGUGGCGACGGAAAGUGGAGAGAGGCCAAACAAAUGGUGUCGGAGAUGGAUCGGUGUCAUAG